AUGGAGUCCGCCGGAUACUCAGCAGCUGGCAGAACCAGAUCUUCCGAUGGCGCUACAACCAACCAUGACGGAACCUCCACAUUCCAAGAGAGCGUCACGCCUCAGACCGAGUCGACAGAAGACACAGAAACCGUAUUCUUAAAUAAAGGCACAUCCACCCCCAAGGCCAUCGAAAACGGCGCCGAUACCUCCAACAUUUCCCUCGACCGAUCAUCAAAUCCCGCCACCACCGCAGAUCAAGACGAACCGCGCAAAUGCUGGAUCUGCUACACAGACGAAACAGAAGACUCACCCCUCAACCAAGAAUGGCGCUCACCAUGUCCCUGCGCCUUAACAGCCCACGAAGCCUGCCUCCUUGACUGGCUCGCAGACAUGGAAAACCCGCGGUCGCGCAGGGGCAAUGGAAGCGCGAUAACAAUGCAAUGUCCGCAGUGCAAGACCGAAAUCGUGGUGACCCGCCCCCGCAGCUACGUGGUUGACAUUCUCCGAUUACUGGAGCGGGUAGCAGGCCGGCUAGUCCUGCCGGGCAUGGUUUUCACAGUAGCGGGCACCGUCUGGGCCGGGUGCUGCGCACACGGCGUUUACUCCAUGUACCUUGUCUUCGGAACGGAGGAAGCGAAACAGAUCAUGGAUGAAAGUAUCGAUGGCCCGUGGAACCCCGGGUUGAAUCUCGGAUUGCCGCUCAUCCCGCUUGUUUUGAUAUUCUCACGGACUCGAUACGCUGAAGGCCUUCUCCCGGCUAUUCCGGUUCUUUUCUUUGCUGCGCAUAAUCCUGGCCAGGAGCCUGAUUUUGAUAUCUGGCCGCCUACGCCUGCUAUGACGUUUGCUGCGCUGCCAUAUGUUAAGAGCUUCUAUGGGGCGUUGUAUGAGCGGUUAUUCGGUGGCUUGGAGAGGAAAUGGAUUGCUGAAGUUCAGCCGAGGGCUGCAGAGGAGAUCUUGGAUGAUGCACAGCAACAAGAUCAGGCGGAGGGUCUGAAUCGAUUCGAGGAUGGCAACGGACAGAUCCUCAUGGAGAUCGAUCUCGAGCUCCAGAUGGGCAUGGGCGAUGAGAAUGCAGGGGAUGGUCAAGCAAACAAUAAUCCGCUUGGACUGGGGCGACGGAAUGAGAUCAUCCACGAUACUAGUAACCUGGCUGAUGCCAUCCUCGGCGCACUUAUCUUCCCGGCGAUUUCGGCUUCGAUGGGUGGACUGUUGCAAUGCGUCUUACCUAAAGCUUGGACGACGCCAUCCUUGGCCUUGGAGCGUGGUCGCCCGGGGCUCUUGCAGACUCGCUGGGGCCGCAGCGUUGUCGGUGGAUGCGCUUUCGUCUUGCUGAAGGAUGCACUGGUAUUGUAUUGCCGGUGGAAGCUGGCUCAGUCACACCGCCGCCGCAAGGUCUUGAACUACGAUCGAGCCAAGAAGCACCACGCAUCCAAGCGUUCUGUGGGCUAG